AAAUAAAAUCGGAAUAUCCAUCAAUUUUAAAAUGUUAUGCCUAUAUACAACAUUUAGCAAGUACAGAUACCAAUUCCUCUAGCCCAGGUAUAACACCACCAACAUCUCCAUUAAGACUAUAUGAUGAAGUUUCUGAUAAUACUACUUCAGAUUCGGAUUAUGUUGACCCUGACAUUUAG